AUGGACUUGAAGCCAGUGGCCAAGAAGCCGUUGCUGCCGAAGAAUCGGAAGGAUCGGGGUCUUCCGUUGGACAAAGGUUGGAGCUCCUUCAGUGAAGGUUCCGCUGGUGGAUCCCUGGUCUUGCUGAUCUCGGGGGCCAUUGGAACAGGUGUGUUGGCCUUGCCCUAUGGCGUCAGUUGCGUAGGGGUGUUAGGUUCUGUGUCGCUCUUUGCAAUGGCAGGAGUCGCAACUUUCUAUUCGAAUACUAUUUUGUUCGACUGCGUUGCGUGCACUGGUCAUGGUUCCUACGGCCAAUUGAUGUCUGACAUCUUGGGGAAGUAUGGAGGCAUGACCCUGGACCUCUUUGUUUUCGUGGAAGGUCUCGGGGCUGUGGCGACCUAUGUGGUCUUUAUCAUGGACUAUGUACCGCAAGUUUGCGAACUGUGGGGUCCUGACGUUUGGUGCACCGACCAAUUGAACGUGGCAGCAGCUGCGACGGUGGUGAUUUGGCCGUUGAGCUGUCUGAAAGGUCUCUCAGCCUUGAGGUAUACGUCAACCUGUAGCAUCGCUACCAUUUUGUUCACCUGCCUGGUAGUGUUGUUGAAGACUCCUAGCCAUUUUCAGAGUCGAGAUGCAUCGUUCAUGCAGGUGCUGGAGCAUUCACGCUUCAACAGUUCCAGCUUUCAGGUGCUGUCCAUGGCCUGUUUCGCCUUCAUGACCCACACCAAUUCCCCGGAGAUCGCCUUACGCUUCACCGGCGGACCCUCGAGCGCCCGCUGGGUGCUGGCCGUGCAGACGCUGGUGCUGUGGGCGGUGUACUGCGGCAUCGCGGUCUGUGGCUACAUGUCAUUCUUGGAAGAUACCAAGCAAGACUUUCUGACGAACUAUGACGUCCAAGACAAGCUCAUUGUGAUGUGCAGAUGUUUGCUGUCCGUCACGCUAGUCUUUGCAUGUCCGCUGAACAUGUUCCCGGCGGUUCAAGCACUCUUCAAUGUCUUGGAAGCCGUUAGGGGCAAGCGACCCGGGCAAGAGCCCCUCUACGACAUGCAUCACGUGCGCGUGCCCGUGAGCACGUUGGCCUUUGCCAUCACUCUGGGAGUGGCAUUGAAGUCUCCCCACGUGGCGGACCUCAUCACAACCAUCAGUGCCUACUUUUCUUCACCGCUGAUGUUCGCUUUCCCGGCCAUCAUGUACUGGAAGAUCCUGAGGGGCACUGGCAUGACGCUCCCGGUAACUUUGUUGAGCAUCACAGCAGCCCUCUGGCUGGCUGAGCUAAGCCACUUCUUCAUCUGA